GGUACUGCUGAGGGGACAGCCACAUGCAACUGUUCCAUGUCAAGGAACAGCCUCUGGUGCCCAGCUGUAGGCUGGUUUCAUCAUCUCUGUGUCCUCAAAGAGGAGAGAGAGGCUAAAGGACACAGGUGACAACCAGAUGGUCUGCAAGGGAGGAGGAUGGCAGAGUUCCUUCCCUGCUUGUGGCAGUAUGGGGUUCAUUAGCGCAGACCGGCUAGCUCAGUGGGCCUGCUAUGAUUUGUGGCGGCCAUCUUGCCUCAGUACCUGCUCUGGGUCUGUUGGCGCCAAAACCUGCAGCCAUCUCCAGUCAGGACGGGCGGCCAUCUUCUCCUCACCUCCACCCUCUGGGGCAGCAGGUGCCUGUGAGCACUGCUGGAGAGACAGCUGUCAAUAUUCUGAGCACCCCAGGAGGCCUUAAUGGCCCUUAAAAUCAUUUCCUGGAAGUCCUCUGUGCACAAAGACCGCAGACCUCUCACCUCACCGUGGAUCUGCCUGGUGAGGAUCCUUUCCCCAUCUCGGCACCUCACUCUGUGGAGACUGAGGAGGGCACUGACUGGUACUGAUGCACCCAGGCAGAGGCAGUUGGCAGCUCUUCACACUGCAUAGUGCUCUUCCAGGGCACCAGCUGCAGGUGACAUGCAGAAAUAUCAAUAAUCUACCUGAGGGACUCCUUCCAUGGACAGUUCCUGUGACUGCAUCGUUCGAUAUUAACUUCAGUAGCACCAGAUGUAAGGUCUUCAUCAAGGAAGCUCUGUUCAGAUGACGACUGUCUAAAUGCAAAGCAGCCUUGUGUGGGAGCUGAACUUACGUAUGGUGGGAUCCAGAGACUUGUGGAGAGUACUGCCUUGGCACCUGAAACUUGCAUGUACUGCAGCGAGAUGGUGAAAAGCACUGAAAUCAAAGAGGCUGCAUAUUAUGCAGCCACUCUAAUGAGUUUGUGGGGUAGCAGGGUUUCCAGUGGUUCAAACAAUCAGGAUGUCUUUAUGACUGCAGGCAGUGCUGUUCCUUUCACCACAAAGUUAAGCAAUGGAGGCAACCUGCCACAGGACGCAAAAGCUCUUUACAGGCCCCAGCUAGUGAUCAUUAACGCUGGGAAAUGGAAGAUUUUUGCUGAAAGAGGCAGAACAUUAGCAUUCAGCAAGUAUUCAAGCUGAGGGAGGCCCAUACAGGAGGAGCUGUCAUCUUCAGCCAAGUAACAAUGUUUCAUUCAAACAUCAAAACAAAUGCUCAUUAUUCGAAGGAUGCUAACCUAAUAAGCAGGUAAAGGCUGCUGAAGAGUUGGCCUUCUACAGAAGCUCUGUGUAUACUGGAAUGAACUUACAUGAUGUAUUACCCAUCUGUGGUGGAGAAGAUGGCUUUGCAGGCUUUACAUGCCCUCAUGCUGGAGUUGAUGCUGGGCCAAAUCAUUCAUCAUCUGGAUCAGGUCAUGAUUAGUACAACAUUCAUCAUUUGUGGAACAGAAGGACAGAAGGCUGCUGAACCAGAAGUGACUAUUGCACAUGGACGGCUCAGAGGAAAACAAGUAAAUGUGAAGGGAACAGACAGACUUGUAAAUGUUUUCCUUGGGAUUCCUUUUGCAAAAGCACCUGUUGGAUCUUUGAGGUUUUCUCCACCUGAACCAGCUGACCCCUGGAAUGACGUGAGAGAUGCAACUUCUUACCCACCACUAUGUCCUCAGGAUCUGGCCAUGUUGAAAAAUGCUGAAAAAAAUUAUAAAGAAAAACACAUUCAAUUCCGAACUUCUGAAGACUGUUUGUAUCUAAAUGUUUAUAGUCCUGCAGACAAGAAGGACAAAUUACCUGUAAUGGUGUGGAUCCAUGGAGGCAAUUUUGUGUUUGGUGGUGCUUCUAGGUAUGAUGGUUCAGCACUAUCAGCCUAUGAGAAUGUCGUGGUAGUAAUAAUUCAGUACAGGCUUGGACUCCUUGGAUUUUUCAAUACUGGUGAUGAACAUGCUCGUGGGAACUGGGCAUUUUUGGAUCAAGUAGCAGCUCUUCAGUGGACCCAGGAAAAUAUUGAAUACUUUGGUGGGGAUCCAGGAUCAGUCACACUCUUUGGGGUAUCUGCAGGAUCUUGCUGCGUUUUUGCACAUGUUUUAUCUACUUUGUCUAAAGGUCUCUUUCAUAAAGCAGUAUUGGAGAGUGGAGUUCUAAUUCCCUCUAAAAAAGAUUUACUUCUUUCAGCGGAUCUUAAGAAAAUUGCAAGUAUAUUUAAGUGUGAGACUAGCAGUUCACUCUCACUAUUAAACUGCUUGAGGAACCAGGAAGCAAUGGAUAUAGUCUUUAACAGUACGGAAAUCCCAUUUCUACCCUUAGUUCUGGAUGGAGUAUUUCUUCAUAAGUCACCUGAAGAUAUAUUGGCUGGCAAAGAAUUUAACAUGGUUCCAUUUAUGAUAGGAGUCACCAAUAAUGAAUUUGGCUGGAAUAUGAGAUCUACGUCAACAAUACCAGCUUUGAGGGAUGUGGGAGAUAAAAAAUCAAUUGCUUCAGCUUUAGAAUAUCUACUACCGAUGAUGAAUUUACCAGCAGAAUUGUUGCCUGUAAUAAUGGAUGAAUAUCUGGGAAACACAGAUGAUCCUGCUGAGCUACGGGACCAAUUUCUGGAAUUGCUGGGGGAUGUCAUUAUUGUCAUACCAUCCAUUAAAGCACUGAGUUAUUACCGGGAGUCUGGAGCUCCUACCUACUUCUUUGAGUAUCAGCAUCGUCCUACUUCAUACUGGGAUACUAAACCAGAGUAUGUGAAAGCCGAUCAUGGAGAUGAAGUUGGCUUUGUCUUUGGAGGACCUUAUCUGGCAGGUGACAUAAGACUACGGGAUGAAGCUAUAGAGGAAGAAAAGAACCUUAGCAGAACUCUGAUGAAGUACUGGGCUAACUUUGCUCGAAACGGGAAUCCUAAUGGGGAAGGUCUAGCUGAAUGGCCAUCGUAUAAUCUAAAUGAAGAAUACCUGGAGAUAAAUCUAAAACAAAAGAAAGCCAGAAAGUUGAAGGAAAAGAAGGUAGACUUCUGGGAAAAGGUGAUGUUUGAAAAGCCAACUAGGGAAAGAAUGGCAAACAAGAAAGUUAAUUUAGAGUUAUAAUUUACCGCCUAAGCAUGCAUAAUAGGCAUACCCUAAAUAGGGUAGCAAAAGAAAUAAUUUAAAUUAUUUUUUAGGAUAAAAUAUGAGAACUCCUUUGCAGUUCUCAUAGUUACGAUUCUUUGCUGUAAUUAUUGCUGUGGUCCUACUUUGUGAUCCUUUGCUUUUCCCUCGGUUCAUGUCCGCAACAGAAGCCUCCCCCAUUCAAUAUAGAUAACACAUCUGUCUGCUCCUCAGGAGCAGUUUUUCUGUCGCUUUGCCAUUGCUGAAGGAGGACGCAGCAGCAGUGUUGUGUUAAUAAAGUUAAAUCAAUAAAGACCUGAUUUGCAAGUAAAACUGGCUUCCUUAUGUCAGAUAUACCGGUGAUGUUACAGAGGUUUUGGUCUGAUUCACACACAGAAAUGUCCUCUGGAAUGUUUAAAGAAAGUUCUGUUCCGUAAGUGAGUUGUACAGCUGAGACAGUAGUAUAUUUCUGCCUGUUGCGGUACCUCGUCUGAAACAGUAGUGCAGUGCAGGAAUUCAGAUUGCUCCUAAACAUUAGGAAAGGGGAGAAGCAGUCUCCGCCACCCCCAGUUUCUUUCCUUUUAGAUUAGCAAUAACUGCCUUAGAAAGAUCGGCGGUGCUAGCAUUGUUUUGCAGUUUCUGUAUUUUCCACGGUGCUUUAUUUACGUGGCGCUGCAGGCUGCGCUCUGUGCCAUCUGUCAGUUCCAGAGUGUCUCUUAGCACUGGGUCUCAGGCCUUCAUUACUAGCACUGGGGUGAGAUUUCAUUUACCAGAAUUAUUCCAGCGCCCUUUUCCACUUGGUCUGCCAAGAACAAGUCUCGAUCACGUCAUUUCAGCAUUGACUGUGUUUUAAAUGCAGAUUUCUGUCCAUUUCUACCGUACGUACUUGAAUCAAAAUGUGUUUGUGAGCUCUGUUUUAGCUAUGUGCCUGUAGACGUGAUAUUUGUCUCUAUUUUUCAGCUUCUGAUAUCAAGAAAGGUAGCAGUACAUUAGGGUGCAAGAGACAAAUGUCAUCACGUGGCAGGAUUUUUCUUACUUGAGCAUUGUUCACUGAUUGAACAUAAGCUGCAAAAUGUUCUCUGUUAAAAUCAAAUGCCAGGCAGGACUCAAGAAUUCCACCUGCCAGGUAUGUAGCACUGUCUCCAGAUCCCUCUAGUUUAGUUUGUGUCACUUAGAGUAAGGAUUCCACAUUUGCAGAAAUCUAAGUCCAGUUUGUAGAUCCUGAGGCCAAAGGCUCCACAGCCAAGGCGGUAAAGAUCUAGUCCCAUUUGGUUUAUUUUAUUACAUGAGAUGAGCGGAGUGUACAGAUAGCGUUUACACAAGCAGUAAUUUCAGGAUGGCCUUCAAGUUGUGUAUCGAUGUGAGUGUGGAUGGGAUAUGGACCGAGACAUUUUGCAGAAUAUGUACCUGAGCACAAAAAAGAGUGCAACAGUGAAUGACUGAAGAGUAGUUGUGGCACUUAGGGGCAUGGUUUAGUGAGUAUGGUGGUGGUUGAUUGAUGAUUGGACAAGAUGAGCUUUGCAGUCUCUCCAACCUGAUCUAUUCUAUGAUUUUAUGAUUCUCUAUCUGGAUCAAGAGGGUACCGACUUUAAGUGCAUUACAGUGCAGACUAUGGUCAUGCCUGUUUUCUUGGCAUGAAUUCUACUCUUGAGGUACAGAACAAAACAAAGAAAGGUUCUCAAGGGACAUCUACAGAACCCAAAAUUAGAAUACAGUGAGGCUCAUGUCCACAUUAUUUGUGAACCAGUUUACGGUCCAGGUUAGUUUCCCAGAUUUUCCUACUUGAGUUGUAAAUCACAUCUGUGCAAGCAUACUGAAGCGGAUGUGCAGUAAAGCAUCUUUUCUGAAUGCAUGAGCUUUAGCACACAGGGCUAUUACGUGCUUAAUACAUUGUACAGAACUGAUCUAAUCACUGGGUUUUGGGGCACGCAUAGCUGAAAAAAAGGUUGAGUCUCCUUUCCUGACAUGCAAUUGCAAAACAGGGUUCCUAGGUCAAGGUCUAUUGACAUUGGCAAAACAAGAAAAAAUAGAGCCAGGAAAACAAAGGCAGAGCAUGGAAACAAAAAUCAAACGCAGCCACCUAGUUACAGAUGGGGAAUAGAUUUCUAUUCAGCGCUUUCUAGCUUGUCUUUUAUAUCAUGCCCAAGAAUAGAUGUGAGUUCACCUGGAAGUAACCCUUCCUGAUGUUUCAGAGGAUUAAAUGUGUUUUUACCACUCAAAUCCUUGAAUGUGGCUCCUGUACUGCAAUAGCUGAGAAAACUUCUCUUUGCUGUUGCAAAACUCGUGCACGGUGAGAUACCGGCCAAACUUUUCUGAAAGCACAGGACGGAGUGGCGGGUGGAGAACUGACCCUGCAGGAAAAGCUAGGAUUUUUCCUGUACUGCUUUUGUCAGAAAAUAUGCAUUAGUAGGAGAGUUUUCCUGGUUGGUUCACUGUGUAGUGAAAGUAAGUCCUAACCUAACUGCUGAAGACGGUAAUGGUAAAGGUACUGCAUUGGGAAGAAUCUGCAGGUGUCACAAGGACUGCUUUCGGUGCAUUUUUAAGCAAAUCCUUGAAUAAGAGUUAGAAGGAGCCCUAGGCAGCCGGUAUGAAACUUGUGGGGCCAUUCUGCACAGCUGAAGGUUUCCCUAUUCCCACGUACGGACAAGCGGCGUUACGCUCCCCUUGGAGGAGUGCCAUACCGUCAUGACAGUUGCUGAAGGCUGGCCCCGGCCAAUCUGGUUCACAGCCUGAGCACUGCUUUUCCAAAUCAGUGUUUGUCUUGCGCAACAGCUGUACUGCACAGAGUACUAAAGGCGGCGCACCGGGUUGGUAAACGUGUGAGUAGGCUGCAAAAUGGCAAGUGAGAAGAACGCGCUGCUGUCCUUGAUUCUCACCGCCGGGCUCACAGCACUUGUAGCUACUGG